GUGUAAUUAAUGGAACAGAGCCAGGUGAAGGGAAAGGGGAAGGUCAAGAGGAUUAAGUUUACUUCGAUCAGAGGUUCUAAAUUCAGAUCAGGAACUAAGCUCAAGAAGAUACUAUCAAACAAAAAGGAUGGGAUUUAUACCUAAUAUGACUUACUCAAACCUGAAAUCUCAUAAAAUGGUUAAUAACUCCUCUAGCCCUCUUGGGCACUCUAGUCCUUUUAACGUGGCAAGAGCAAGAAUGAUGCAGAACAUGACUCCAGAGAUAAUCCGACAGAGGAAGCGACCAAGCAAGCUACUAGACCCUAUUAAUGUCAAUACUCCCAAUUAGAAAACAUUCUAAUAUUGAUGAGAUAGAUUACCUAAAGAAGCAAGUUUCUUCCUUGAUCGCCAAGCUAGGGAUCUCUAAAGUCAUGAAAGACCCUGAGAAAGUAGCCAUGUUUGAUGAAGCUAUCAGUCAGAAUACACUCUUGAGAGGGGGAAGAAGCAGAAUGAGUAACAAUAAAUCAUUCGAUAAUAUCGAACAAAACGAGCCCAACAAGUUAAACAUGACGACCCCUCCAACCCUCAACAUCAAAGACCAAAUCUCUAAAUUCCAGCACAAAAUCCACUCUCACAAACAAAAUAAACAAAUUUCCCCAGUCACCCAACCUUAUUCCAUAUAAAAAUUGACGAACAGAAGGAACCUGUGCAGGAAGAGGUCCAAGAUAGGUGGAAAGUAGAGAAGUGAGAGAAGGGGGCUUCCUGGAAGAAGAGGUUUCAGAUGAUGUAUAGGGCAAAGAUGAUGAAGUUGGAUAAGAAGAUUAAGACGACGCCAGCGUAUCAGGAUUAUAGAUCGAUUAUGAAAGCAGACUCUAUUAUGGGUAGGAGAAGGGUGUUGCAUUCGAUAUAUGAUACGAUUGAUGAGUCUUUUAAGGGGAAAGAGAGUAGUUUGGAUAAGGAUUUGGUCAAGACGGAUAAGUUUAUUGCGUCUUUGAGUAAAUUGACUCAGAAGUUUUCGUCGAAAUUGUUUUUGAAGAAGCCGCUUGAAUUGAUGCUGAAACAUUUUGAAGACCCCGCUUGGAAUGAAGAAAGUGAUGAUGAAGAUUUAUUUCCUCUAUUAAUGGGUGGCAAAAGGUCUAGAAGGAAGAAUAAUAACAAUUAUGCUAAUAAAAAUCUAAAUUCAAGAGCAAGAAAUAGUGCUCAAAAAUCUUCUCAAAGGAAGAGAAAAAAUUCAGAAACACCGUAUCUCAUGAGUGAGACCACCCAGCACUUAGAAAUUGAGGAGAAGUCUCCUAGAAAGAGGAGUCACCAACUGUUAUUUCCAGUUAAAACUAAGGAUCAGCUACUACCAGAACUCACCUUUUCUAAAAUUCCUCGAAAUGAGCAUUUAAAUGCUUCCUCCAUAAUAAAUAUAAACAUCAAACCAAAAAGGAGAAUGAGUAGGUUCUAACUCAUAUUUUCACGAUAAUUU